AUGGCUGCCUCCGUCGAGUUGCCCUUAGGGAACUCUGUGUCGGACUCUGCAAAAUAUCGAAGCGCCAGUCUACAGGAUCGUGAGGUGCAUCGCUACUAUCAACCAUGGCUGUCCGCCCACGGCAGCUCGCAGAGCCUUGCCAACCAUAUCACCACUCCAGCGGCUAAGCUUGACCAUGUUAAUGCCGGCAACAAGCCCCGUGCUUCGCGCGACAAGGCACUAACAGCUUUCGCGCAGCUGGCAGCCAUCCGUUUAGAUGUGAAGCGGGGCAUGGUAAGCUUGUUAGACAAUGAGAGCCAGUAUAUACUGGCCGAGGCGACGUAUUCAACGAGCGUGCGUGACAUCGACGACCUGUGGCUUGGUAGUACCAUACUGGCGAAGAAGGACGGCAUCUGCGAGUGGUGCAUGAACUCGACUUACACUACAAGUGAUGAGCCUGGACAGCCGACGCUGACGACGUCUGGAAUGGUUGUCAAUGACUGCCGAGAGGACGACAGAUUUCGGGACCGCCCUAAUGUGACAUCGGAGCCCGGAGUGCGGUUUUUCGCAGGGGUUCCCAUUGUGUCACGUUCUGGCGUCGUUAUCGGGGUAUACGCUGCAUCCGACGAGUCACCAAGGAACGGUCUUUCAGCGGACGAGUUGCGUUUCAUGCACGAGACGGCCCAGGCUGUUAUGGAGCAUUUAGAGUGGGCGAGAGAUCGCGUCGAUCGCUUUAGGGGUGAACGUAUGGUCCAUGGCAUGGCAUCAUUUCUUGAAGGUUGCUCGUCAUUGCAUAGCGGAUUUGAUAGUCGCGAAAGCCAGGAAGAGGGUCCCCAAUCCGCCACGCCUGCAUCGGAUCGUCAUUCUGCACAGGAGGCACGGAGUGUCGAUAAUGCAUCGCGCAACAAGCGCCUUGAUUCUGCGAGUGGGUCCAGAAGCCCGCGCUCAAAACGUAGGCGACCAGCGGCCUCGCCACGAACUCGCUCAGCCAGAAUUGACAACAUGGCGAACAUGUACGCACGAGCUGCUGAGAUCUUGCGCGAGUCGACAAUAGCAGAUGGAGUUGCCAUCUUCGGCGCCUCCGCUGGCAGCUCAUCCCUUGAGCCCUUCGCAAGUGCCACUAGUCUCUCCGGUCCGCCAUCUCCGUCGCCUGGCAACGAGUCAAGCCCGGAUCCCAAUACUUCGGAUUCGGAUGGUAGCCCACAAGGGCGUCCUUGCAGAAUACUAGCGUAUUCCUUGGCAAAUCAGAGAGCCAAAGCAGACAUUGAACAAGGCAGCGCUCUCACCCUACGAACGUUGGAAAAGUAUUUUCAACUCCAUCCACGUGGACGUGUCUUCUACUUUACGGAAACAGGCUCAGGCAUCUCGUCGGAUGAGGAAGGUAGCACAAGUGAACAGGACGUGAGUCGUGGUCGCAUUAACCGCCGUAAAAAGACUAGAAUGGACCAUAAGGAACUCCUGAAAAAGAUCCCUGGUGCUCAAAGCGUUGCAUUUCUCCCACUCUACGACUUUGCCGAGGAGCGACUUCUGGCGGGUUGCUUUCUUUGGACGUCAGAAACUGGCAGGAUGAUGGACUUGGGCAGUGACUUGACCUACCUGAGAGCGUUCGGGAACAGUAUCAUGAGCGAAGUGGCGCGGCUGAAUGUUUCGAGGAAUGAAGCCGCUAAAACGACGUUUAUCGCUUCAAUGAGCCAUGAGUUGCGGUCACCGCUGCAUGGUAUUCUAGGCGCUGCAGAGUUUCUGGCGGAUACCGCUACUGACUCCUUCCAGGCGGGCUUGAUCACGAGCAUUGCGACAUGCGGAAAGACUCUGCUCGACACCCUUAAUCACGUUCUCGACUACAGCAAAAUCAACAAGCUAGGUCGGACACAGAUGCGGCGAAACGCUCGGCAGAACAAGCUCGUCAAUCUGACGUCCGACUCGUCGCUCGAAAGCAUCAAUAUGACUGCAGAGGUCGACCUAGCUGUGCUGGUCGAGGAGGUCGUAGAGGCCGUGACUGCUGGCCACGCUUUCAAAAAUCUCCAAGGCUCAGGGAUGACGGCCAGCAUUGGCUCUGGCACAGCCAUUGGCAUUGCGAAUGAUACCCCGGAAGCCGAUGAGAAGGGUCCAGUCUCCGUUCUGCUUGACAUAAGUCCCAGACAAUCAUGGAUUGUGCGGGCGCAACCCGGCGCAUUGAGAAGAAUUAUCAUGAACUUAAUGGGCAACGGGAUGAAAUAUACUUCGUCCGGCUUCGUAGCCGUCUCACUGCGAGCGAAGGACAUCCCUGGAAGUUCCAAAGUAGAGGCACUUAUCAGGGUCGUUGACUCAGGCAAGGGCAUGUCGGAAGAAUUUCAGCGCAACAAGCUGUUCGUACCCUUCAGUCAGGAAGACAGCUUCCAGCCUGGCACUGGCCUCGGCCUCAGCAUCGUUAAACAAAUUACAGAUUCUCUGGGAGGCUCGAUCGACGUGAAAAGCGACCAGGAUGUCGGAACCGAGAUCCAAGUACAUCUCAGCCUUACGGCUUCCGAACCGGCUUCUCGCGUCGGGCUGCCCAAGGACGACUCGAUGUCUGAUCUUAUACGCCAAACGGCAGGUAUGCGGCUGGUCAUGCUGGACCCAUGCACGGGCGACGGUCCGAAGAAGGACGUGACCCAGCCUUUCGUACGCUUGGAGCAAUCGAUCGCUGAGGUGUGCAGUGUAUGGCUGCGUAUGAAGGUCAGCGAGGCUGACACAAUGCAUGCUGGUGAUGCAGACCUCUACUUGUACAGCGAACCACCUCCGGUCGAACAACUUCUGGAACAUCAGAAGGCUGGCAGGUUGCGCUCAAGUAAAGGUAACGAGAUCCCCAUCAUCAUCAUCUGCAUGAACGCAGAUACUGCCAUUGAAGUCAACAAGCACCAAAGUAAAGCCUUGGAGGAGCUGGGCAGUAUCGUUGAAGUUGUGGCGCAGCCAUGUGGACCAAGGAAGCUGGCGAAGGUCCUUCGCUUGCUAUUGAGAAGGGUAGAAGAACUGAGAUCCAACGAGAAUGAUGGCCGCCAGCCGGAAACGAAUGGCGCCGACUCCACGCAUCAGGAUCAAUCGCAGGAAAAGUGUGGGAGCGCCGACGCAGAUAUGGACGAGCAGCUAGCACAUAUGGGGCCGCUGAACUCGCGACUUCUUUCGCACGAAGACGAUGCGCAGCGGAAGUCUCCGGCGUCUGCUCCAGACGCACCACUGUCCGCAGCCGUGACGUUUCCAUCACCACCACCGUUACAUCCCGGUACGCCAUCCUUGAACGAGGGACCGCAGAUUGGCGACUCUGAAGUCAAACAAAGCCUUAACGUGCUAGUCGUCGACGACAACCGAAUCAAUAUUCAGCUUCUCACUAUGUUCAUGAAGAAACACAGCUUCGCAUACCAGGAAGCCGAGAACGGACAGGAGGCAGUGGACCGUUACAAGGAGUCAUGCCUGCCUGGUUCGCAGACCAACAGUCGGCCCCCACGAAGAUUCGAUUAUGUCUUGAUGGAUUUGUCCAUGCCGGUCAUGGAUGGACUCGAAGCUACGCGACAGAUACGGGCUUUCGAGAAGGAAAACAGGCUAGAGGGUUCAGGGAUAAUUGCGCUGACGGGCCUGGCAACCGACGAAGCGCAAAGAAGAGCACAGACCGCGGGCGUCGACGUGUUCCUGCCCAAGCCCGUCAAGUUUGCCGAUCUCAAAAAGCUUCUGGCGCAAAAGUAG